AUGGAGUCUUAUGGUCCAAUGCCGAAUAAUACGGCACAAGCAUUAGCAAACAUCCAAUUGGUUCAGGAAGGUUUCCAAACUUUGUCGCUACUCAUGUUGACCAGUUACUUGUUCCCGAAACAGGCCGUUUUAAAAGAUGGUGACAAAUUUGACUUCAUAAUAGCUGGAGGUGGAACAGCUGGAUGUGUACUGGCAAACAGACUGGUGAGAGCGAAUCACCGAGUGCUUGUGCUGGAAGCUGGAGAUGUGCAAACUUAUGAUUCAUUUUUACCAGGAACUGUAGUGUACUUACCAAAAACUGAUGGAGCUUGGAACUAUUUAGCUCAACCAGAUGGUUAUACGGAUAGAUGCCACAAGCAACGGGCCAUGUUUACACCUAUUGGAAAGAUGCUCGGAGGAUCCAGUUCUGUUAACUUCAUGAUUGCUUCAAGAGGAGUAAAACAUGACUACAAUAUCUGGGCCACAGCAGCUAAUGAUUCUUCUUGGCAAUACAAGAACUUAGUCAAAUACUUAAAUAGAAGUGUACGACACGUCGGUCCUAUAAGCAUGUAUCCACAGAUCAAUAUGGAACUGGGUGAUGGUCCAUACAUGGGUGAGGAAGGAAACAUAGGGAUAUCCCAAGACUAUAGUGCUGCUCUUGAUGAUUAUGUUGAAUCCUUUAAAGAACUGGGAAAUAAAAUAGUAAAAUAUCUUGGUGGUGAACAUUCUAAGGGGUACGCUCGGGGAUUGCUCACUAUAGCAGAAGGUUACAGACAAAGCACAGCGUUUACUUACUUGUCACCAGUAAGAAAUAAUUCUAAUCUGUUUGUGUCAAGGAGAACCGUUGUUAAUAAAAUAGUUUUCGAUAGGCGAAAGAAUGCUAUUGGUGUAAGAGUUUCAAUAGACGGUGGAGAAGAAAUAUUUUUGAGAGCCAAAAAAGAAGUGAUUGUCUCAGCUGGAGCUAUAAAGUCUCCUCAAUUACUGAUGCUUUCAGGAAUAGGUCCCAGAAAUCAUUUGAGAGAAAAGAACAUCACUGUUGUCUCUAAUUUACCAGUUGGUGAAAACUUUCAAGAUCAGCAAGUCGUAACGGUUAUGCAUGCAGCAAGAAAGAUUAAAGAUCCUGGCGCAUUUAACUAUCAUCUUUACCCAGCGGCAUUUAUGUUAGGGUUUAGAUCAUUAAAACCGUGUUCUGAAACUCCCGAUUACGCCACUUACAACUUUAUACAAGAGAGAUUGGAGUUCAUACUUCAAUAUUGCGGACUUCCUUAUGAUUUUCAAAAUGAUAUAUGCGACCGAUCUUAUCGACAAGUUUUGGGAAGGCAGAAUACUUAUACACAAAUUAUAAACUUAUACCCAAAAUCACGAGGCAAAGUGACUUUGAAUACUACCAACCCUGAUGAUGCUCCGUUGAUAGAAACUGGAUACUUUACUGAAGAAGAAGACAUCAAUAAUAUGGUGGAGUAUGUGAAAGAUUACCUUCCUCUUGUGAACACGACUUACUUCAAGAAAGUGAACGGUCGUAUAGUAGACCCAGUUGGAGACAAGUGCAGUAUGCAUGAAUAUGGUUCUGACGACUACUGGAAGUGUUAUGUGUACUGCAUGGCUACGAGUAUGUGGAACUUCGGUGGUACCUGCGCCAUGGGCUCUGUCGUUGACUCCAAGUUGAAGGUCUAUGGAGUUCAGCGGUUGCGAGUUGUGGAUGCCAGUGUGAUGCCUACUGUUGUUGCUGGUGGCAGUUACUUGGCCACAGUCAUGAUCGCUGAGAAAGCAUCCGACAUGAUUAACGCUGAACAUCGUAGUGAUUAA